AUGACUUCCGCCACUGCCUUCCCCGACUUUCGCUUCGAACAGCAUCUCUCCAACCCCCUUCCCCUCCAAGACCCCUCCAUCGGCGACGUCAUCCUGUGUACUUCUGACGGCACCCAGUUCCACGUCCACAUCGCCGUCCUCGGCGCCCAAGUCCGCCACAUCCAGUACCCCCGUCCAAGCCUUUCCCCCAACUUCAAACCAACCGUCUUCGUCCCCGAGUCCGGCGCCGUCUGGGCCCUCAUCCUCCAGAUGAUCCACCCCGGCCUCGAAUACCCCAACGUCACCCUGUCCGACAUCCGCGUGCUCAUCGCCCCCGCGCGCAAGUACGCCAUCUCCCCCGUCCUCCUCGAGCUCCCCUACGCCCUCCGCCGGCCCUACCACCUCGACGCGCAGCCGCUCGCCUGCUCCGCGUCCCUCCCCGACGUCGCGCGUGCGGCCGCGCGCCGCACCCUCCGCCUCCCGUCCUGCCCCGUGCCCCCCGGCACGGGGGGGACCGAGGCGGGGCGCGCGGCCGCGCGCCUCCUCAGCUACCGCACGCGCUGCGCCGCCGCCGCCGUCGCGCUCGUGUCGCCCGACGCGUACGGGGUGUUCUUCACGCGCGAAGACCGCCCCGGGAGCGUGACGCGCGCGCUGCCCGCGCCGUGCGGCCGGUCGGGGUGCGCCGCGCGCAGCGCGUGGAUGUGCGUGCGCGUCGCGGGCUCCGAGCCGGGCGUCGCGCGCACGUUCGCGUUCGUCCUCGGGUACCUGCGCGCGCUCGAGGCGGAGCUCACCGCGCGGCCGGACCCGGGCGGCGCGGUGGGAGAGAGUGUGGUGUGGGGGAUGGAGGAGGCGGCGUUGGCGGUGAUCAUGGCCUGCGCUGAGUGCGGGAAGGAGGCGCAGCGGUGUCGGGCGUUCGCGGAGGAGAUCGAGAGGCAGCUCGAGGUGGCGGUUUCCCGAGUGCAUCUGCACACGGGGCCUGCUUAA